UUCCUUUCAUUUUCAUAACUUGUUUUCUUCUUCUUCGCCUUCAUCUUUCAAGACAUGGGUGCUUGCGCUAGUAAGCCAAAGGUCUUGAAAGACGAAGCCUCGGCUGCCGGCCUAAAACCCGAACCCGCCAAGGAGAAAUCUCUCUGGCCAGCCGCCGAGGAAGAAGUAGAGGAAAACAUGGCUAAUGAAGACGAGGAAAUCAGACCACAUUCCCUUCGUUAUUUGCUUGACAAUGAAGAUAGGAAUGAAGAAACAAAGAAAGAAGAAGCCAUUAUUGAGGGUGAAAAGAAAGAAGAUAAAACAAUGGCAGUGGAUGAAAAGAAAGAAGAAGAAGCCAAGGUUGUGGUUGAACAUGUAAUGUGAGAGAGGUUCGUAAUCACAUCAUUGUAUGCUGUUGAUUUAUUUUGUUCAGGAAAUGAAGUCAAAUUGUGUUCAUUUUUUUCAACACAAGAAAUCACUCUCGGACCCACAACCUGGAUUUUUUUAAUUAAUCACUAGUAUUCGAUACUGACUAAUCCAGAUCGGAUACUGCAGAGGCAAGGACGACCCUUCCAACCUAGUUUGCUCCAUUCGCAAACACCAUAAUUUGAAACCCUAACCUUGCUUAAUGGUCAUCCUGCGGCACAUAUUUUAAUUAU